CUGGCAUGUUAAGUCACGCGAGGUAUAAUAAGUGAUGAAACGGCGAGAUAAACAGGAUAUAGUGAGCCAAUGUACGUUUCAAAAUGAGGUCUGCAUUUCUCGUGGCUUCCUUAGUUUUGAACGCCUCCAUUUUGUCAGCUGCAGUCACCAAAUGUUACAAUUGUAUUGAGGCUGGAGGCAGCUGGAGUGAUUGCCAGCGCAGUCAAACCAGGAAAAAAUGCAAUGCGUUACUAGGCAACACACACUGUUACUCAGCAAGUGGGAAAUAUGACAAUGGUACGGCAAUCCUCGAUGUUGUGGCCAGGGGAUGUAUUGAUUGCUCAGAUAAAAAGAAGGCGUGCGAGAAACUGGAUCUGCUGCUAAAAGUAAUGAGCUAUAAGCUAGUAAGCUGCAACAUCGCCUGCUGUACCCAAGAUCGAUGCAACACAAUGAUUCCAACAACGCGUCAAAGUUCAACUCACCCCACCUCUAGCGGUGUACUAGCGAUGUAUUCCACGUCAGCCAAGAUUUCCUUGAGCAUGGUGCUUUUUGUCCUGACUGCAUCCCUAAGACUAGUUCUGCUAUAAAUGCAAAGCACCAACUCUUACAGUGAAAGUUGAGUUUUUGUAGUAUAUACAUAGUGAGUAAAUGGAAAUGUGUAUUUUAUCUAUGGAGGACAAUUAUGUUCUAUCAUGGAAGUAUUUUUGAGACGUUUUAGAAAAGAUGUUUAGAUCCCGAUGACCCUACCUGGAGUAGUAUGUACGACAAAAAGAACUCCGUAUUUUUCUUUCCGGGUUCUUGGCGGGUUUAUGUAAAACGCGAGCAAAAGAACAUUUUUAAAAAUGGCCACUCUCUUGAAUCAUGCAUGAAAGAUAUGAACUUCUUGAAGAGCUGAGAAUUGCUUUUGUAAUGUGGAAAGCAAUGAAGUGGUUAGUGAAAAGUUAAUUGCCAAAAGAAAUCAACUGAGGGAGGAAUUGGAAAACGAGAACUAGAAUUAAUCGUGUCAAGUGAGCACCGCCUCGUUUCCAGUCAUUCAGAUCCCGCUCGUCUCGUUUCCAUCUCUUGACAGUGGCGCCAUUCUUUCACUUCAGUACUUAUUCCUAGAGUUGAAGUCUCUGUAGGCUGUAAAAUGUUGUGAAACGGAUAUUAAAUACUGGGAAAUAUA